AUGAAUGGAGACUCUUGCAGGGAUAUGAGGUGUUCAUCUUAAGCACCAGAGCGUCACCUUCCAGAGCCCAGCAGAGGAGUGGGGGAAACAUGAAGUCCAACCCUGCCAUCCAAGCUGCCAUCGACCUCACUGCAGGGGCUGCAGGGGGCACAGCAUGUGUGCUGACCGGGCAGCCCUUCGACACAAUGAAGGUGAAGAUGCAGACAUUCCCGGAUCUGUACCGUGGCCUCACCGACUGCUGCCUGAAGACCUACUCCCAGGUGGUGCGCAAAGUGGUUGGAUUGGACAAGCAGGCAAAACUUAGUGACCUGCAGAACGCUGCCGCUGGGUCCUUCGCCUCUGCCUUUGCUGCGCUGGUGCUGUGCCCCACCGAGCUGGUCAAGUGCCGGCUGCAGACCAUGUAUGAGAUGGAGGCCUCAGGAAAGAUAGCCAAGAGCCACAAUACAGUUUGGUCUGUCGUGAGGAGUAUCCUUAGCAAAGAUGGCCCCUUGGGCUUCUACCACGGACUGUCAAGUACUUUACUUCGAGAAGUUCCAGGGUAUUUCUUUUUCUUUGGUGGAUAUGAACUGAGCAGAUCAUUCUUUGCAUCAGGGAGACCAAAAGAUGAACUAGGUCCUGUCCCUUUGAUGUUAAGUGGUGGAGUCGGUGGAAUCUGCCUCUGGCUUGCUGUAUACCCAGUGGAUUGUAUCAAAUCCAGAAUUCAAGUUCUUUCCAUGUCUGGAAAACAGGCGGGAUUUAUUGGAACCUUUAUAAGUGUUUUGAGAAGUGAAGGAAUAACAGCCUUAUAUUCUGGACUGAAACCUACUAUGAUUCGUGCAUUCCCUGCCAAUGGGGCACUGUUCUUGGCCUAUGAAUACAGCAGGAAGUUGAUGAUGAGCCAGUUCGAAGCGUACUGAAGCAUCUGGCGAGCCUGGAUCCCAACAGGCAUCUGAGGACUACAAUUCAUGUCAGGGUCUCAAGGACUACAAGACCAAUGUGGAAUUUUUGAUUUCAUGGGAAUUUUUGUUUUCCUUUCUCCUAUCCUAAAUCUUAAACUUUAAAGAAGGACCUCUAUUUUACAUACAUAAUUCGAGCCCAUAAUUGUACUGAAAUACAAAAGCUGCUGCUCCUGUCCUGGAUGUAUUCAGGCAGGGCCACUGGCCUUGCGCUACCUAAUCUAAAAGGCUAAUUAUAGUUCUGUCAGGGAUUUUAUAUAAACCUGGAUGUGUCCAUGCAGUUUGCUUAUGCAGAGUGAAUCACAAUCUGGUUUUAUAUUUAACCUCAAAUUGUGCCAGAAAAACCCCAAGAUAACCACAUUCAUAGUUUUAAAUAAUUGCUUCACCUGUUCUAGCUGUGGGUGUCUCUUAAAAUCUACUUAUUAAGCGCACUAUACUAAGUGGUUAAUAUUUUUUAAAAGUUUUCUUGUGGUGCUUGGAAACUAAAAUAUCCAUCUAGAUUUUAAAGAGGCGAAUAUACUAUAUACUGAUGUGGCUCCCAUUUUCUUAUGUACCAGAGUAGCCAUACUGGAUUUUCCCAAGAUGUUCUAGUAUGAAAAUAGUUCCAUUUGUUCAGUAGUGGAUCCUGUCCCCCACUCCUGACACACAGGGGACGGCUUUGAGCACCAGGUCUUUGGAAGUGGCACAGCCUUCAUCUGUGCCUUUUUUCUUCCAAGAGCUUCCCCUCUUCUGGGCUUUAGAUUGAGGAAGGGACUGAGCGGAGAGGUCUGUGCUGUUUUGCUCGGUGAAUACCCUGAGUGCCAAAGCCAGGAGAAACCCUUGUCCAGCUGGUGUGACAGUGCCCCUGCGCAAAGCAGGCCAGUCCCCUUCCCUAGGCAGGAAUUGGUGCUUGCGCCUUGCAGAGAGUGAUCUCAGGACUGACUAUGCUGAAGUUUGUCUCAGGAUCCAUAUUCCUUGCCAUGCUUUUACAAUGUGGGAGCUUUUUCAUUUGAUAUUGGCAGUCAGCGAAUUUUAGUGAUGAUUGUUAUAUGGGUGUGACUAUAUAACUAAUUUUAUAAACUGUGCCUAACAACAACACCGACUAAAUUCAUUGAGGCUCACAGUCUUGGAGAUGUGGAGUUGUUCUUCAGCCAUCUGGUAUGAGAGGGUCCAGUAUGUCACCCCUAAAGCCAGCCUCAUCUUUCUGUGCUGCUCCAAACCAGCAAGGGCACGCUCAAUUAAAAGUGUUCUUAAGCAGCCUGGAAGGCUGACGGCAGGCUGGCUAGCAACAUUUAAUAGUAGUCUGGGCAACACUGUUUGUCUCUGUCCGCAGGAUGUAAACCCUGCAUGAAAUCCGUAGUCCCCCGAAGCUUCCUGUUCUCCAUGAAGACUCAAUGGUGACUGGUGUCAUAGCCAGAAGCAGGACACUCAGGAGGAUGGGAUGCUGAUGACGGGGCUGCUGCAGACCUUUCCGGAGGGUCGUGGCUCUCAUGCAGACAUGCUCCAGAGCAACAGCUGGUCUUCCAUUUGUUUUUUUCUUAAAGGAAAACCAUUUCACUACCUUACUUUUCUCUCCAUACUUAAAUGGCCAGUUGCUACUGAGUGGUGCUUCAUCUGAACAGGCCUGGAAGGAAACGAAAUGUGCAGUUGAACCGGCUUCCAGCAAGAAGUGACCUGCUUCAUUGUCAUGGUCCCCCGUGGCACGCCUGUGUGCUUGUCUAAGUUAGAGCUGCUGGCCGUAACCUUCUCAUGUUAUCCUUUAGAGAUUUAAAUAUCUUCAGUAGAAACUGUCAGGCAAGUUGUGAGUGGGUGGGAGUCAGGGGUGGAAAUCUAAGUCAGGAGACUUUCAUUCUGUUGGCUUAAUUCAUGGUUCACUAUUUAGGUACAAUUUGUACCAUUUGAGAUAUGUACUCUAGACAAAAAUAUAGUAACUUGAAAUAUUGCUUAA